AUGGCGUGUCUUUUAGAUCUCCCAAGCGAAUUAUUCUUCGAGAUAGUCAAGCUCCUCGAUAUUGGCGGCAAAAUCAACUUAAGUUCAACAUGCAAAUUUUACAGAGCCCAACUAUUGCCAGAAAUUUUUAAAACAAUACGAUUAACUAUUGAUGAGACAUCGGCAACAUCUGCACGGACUGUCGUUGAGACUUACGGCCAGUACACCAAAACAAUCGAAUUUAUAUGCCAAUGCGAACGAGAUGAUAGGGCAACGGCACCGUCUUUGCUACCGGCAGCUUGCGAGGUCUUGAAAGGUCACUUCACGCCAAACCUACGGACGGUCAAAGUGAAGUUUGACUUUGACCUCGAUAAUGAAGCCAAUGAGGUCUAUCAGGACUUCGACUUUCAUGAAGAUGCGAACUAUACGCGCGAGACGGAACUGCGAGACAAAUGGCGGGCGCUUAUGAACGAGACUUGGGAGGCUCUUGUAGCUAAUACUCUCAUCAUCGAGCUUAUCCUUGAUUGGUUUCCCCCAAAAUGGACAUCUACAUAUCGUACUGAUGCGUUUCGUCAAUUUCUCAACCAGCUUGAAUCUGCGACAAUCAACAUCUUUGGCUUCGAAGAUUAUUCAGGAGUCCGGACUAAUACAAUGGUAGAGUAUUGUCAAUUUCUCGCCAAAUUGGAUACUCUAUUUUUCCGCCACAUGAGAGGACUGAAAUGUCUACAUAUUCAGGCUUCAGAUCCUCUCGGCUACGCCGAAGAAGCGACUUCUAUCCCGCUUGCUUUAAAGCCUGGCGAUCUCCCUCUUUUACAAUCUCUCACGCUAGAAAACUGUUUCGUCUGCCCAGAGUUGAUUUCGUUCAUACAAAGUCAUGCUCAGGUCCUCAAAUUUCUCGACAUAGAUGAGUGUUUCUGCGAACACGGGUCCGAAAUGACUUGGGCUAAGUUCUUUGAUGAGAUAUAUGAAGCGAAGCCAAGGCUUACUGAGUUACUUGCUGGGGGCAAUAAGGCGCCAUUUCUGUUUGAUGAAAUGCCUAAUUGGGAAGCAAACGACGCUGUUUUACUUAUGCGCCAGAAGUUAGAGGCAGACUCAACACUAAAGAUCUUUAGGCAGAUGCAUUUGGAUCCUGAUGAAGGUAUACUCACUGUGAAUCAUGACAAAACUGUGGAGCGAUUCAACCGAGGUGAUGAUCAGAGGGCAUACGAUCGUCUGAUGGCACUAGUCAAUGAGAAUAGGCAAAGUCUGACCUAA